AUGCAAAACGCACGUGUAUUCGUUUUCUUACUGCCCUCAGUGAAGCAACUAGCCGAGAGGUUGCAUUUUGUUUAAACUCAUUUACACAACUAAUUAAAAACAAACAUCAAAAUGACCGAGGAAGUCAACCCGAAAGCAUUCCCCUUGGCCGAUGCGCAGUUGACAUCGAAGAUUAUGAACUUGCUGCAGCAGUCACUUAAUUACAACCAGUUGCGCAAAGGAGCUAACGAGGCCACAAAAACGCUGAACCGUGGCAUAGCCGAUAUUGUAGUGCUGGCCGCAGAUACGGAACCGAUUGAGAUCUUGAUGCAUUUGCCGCUGCUGUGCGAGGACAAGAACGUGCCGUAUGUGUUUGUCCGUUCCAAGCAGGCAUUGGGACGUGCUUGCGGUGUGUCCAGACCCAUCGUGGCCUGCUCCGUCACCACCAACGAAGGCAGCCAACUCAAGUCGCAGAUCCAAUCCAUUCAGCAGGAAAUCGAAAGGCUGCUAGUUUAAGCAAAUUUAAGACGCAGUUUUAAGGUACAACAUGUACAAAUUGAUUUAGAAGAGGUGUAAACGUAAAUAAAACAUAUUUUUCAUUUGAA